AUGGCUUGCACAACCAGCUCAGGGAUACCAGCCCUGGUGAUCGUCGCCUCGUCAGUCACUCUCCAAGCUUUCCACUCUCCAGACACCGAACGACAUCCAGUGCAGCUGUUGGACUCUGACAUGGCCGAAGAGGCUACGACCUGGUAUCUUCAACUACGGGUUCAUAAGGCAAAUGCAGUGAUCCAGGGAGCACUCGAAAAGCUCGUGGCGUGA